AUGAAGACAAAUGACGCCACAUUGGCAUCAGAUUACUCCCCCAAUGCUGCUGCUCGCGUAACAACAACAACAACGAAUAAUAAUGCAGAGAGCGUCGAUGGCAGAGAGGAGAACACGAAAUCAGCUGAUUCCCCUCUAUCAAAGAAUAACAAACCGUCAUUAAAUGGCGCUGGAAAUCGUCGUGCAAAAGUCAUAAAUAUUUUACCAAAUUAUAAAAAAGUGAAAAAGUUAAUUGGCCUAAAAUCAGCGCCUCCCAGUCAUGCACCUGCAGCAGAUACGGCGCCCAGCAAUCAAGUGCCGGGACAAAAUGAACAAAAUCUAUUUAAUUUGCCGGUUGUGCAGGAGGUGGUAAAUACCGGCCAAGUGGAAGCGAACAGUGAUCAUAGCAGCAAUAAUGGAAAUAAUAAUGAUAGGUCUCCACCGUCGGAGACUAGUAAUUUAGAAUCUAGUGAAAAUAAUAUAAAUAAUGACAAUGUCAUUGUGUCAAAUACCGGUAAACAUGGUAAUUUGGGGGCGGUCGACGACCACGACGACGCAUUGGCGGAAGAACAAGGGCAGCAGCCGCAUAUGCCAAAUAUUGUGGCUGACAACCAGAACGACGAUAAUGAACACACAAAGCGUGUUGACAAUUCUGAUUUUAAUGAUAACAAUGCCGCCGCGGAUGCCUCAGCUGAUAAAACAGAAAG